AACAGAAGGAGAAAGUUUUAUGAUAGAAGCGCAAUGGCUGGAGGGUCUCCCUUUAUUUGGAUUGCCCUCCUUCUCUUCUGUGUUGUCCAGGCUUCUGACAGCAGACACGUCGCCUCAAUCCAUGAUGAUGGGAAAACUUUAAUCGGUCAUACAGGAAAUCCAGAGCUGGACAAGAUCAUUUCAAGUAUCCCAAUCACCCUACCAGAAGGAAUUGAUCCCAGGAACAUAAAUGUAACGUCAAUUACUGUCAAAACUUGUGUUGGUGUGAAGGAACAGCUUACUUUGCUUAACAAGCAACUUCAACAGGCAACUCUCCACAACAACCAACCAGAUAAUGAAGCGUUUGGACUGAGGACAGAAAUCAGACAGCUGAAACUGAAGCUUUCCACAUGCAGUGCGACAGCCUCAGCUAUUACUAGCUCUUAUAAAACCCAGCUGCAAAAUAAAAUGAAAGAGCUCCUGGAGAAAUUUGAUAGCGACACUUCUCUGAUUCUGAAGAUCAUUACAAUCACCAGGGAGGUAAAUACGUUACAGAAGAAGAUCGAACUUGCUUCUAAUUCUACUGAAAGUACUAUUGACAUUACAGUGCUGCAGAGAGAGCUGCAAGAGAAGAUCCAUGAACUGAAUUUGAAGACGGAGCAGAUUAAGAGAAGCCACCCGAACUCAGUGCUCAUUCUUCAGAUCCUCUCACUGCAAAAUCAGAUCUGGGAUUUAGAGCAGGCAGAGUCAAGAAGAGGAGAAGCCAGUCCUCAGCAAAGCCAGAGAAUUCUGGCUCUACAAGUACAGCUGAAAACGAACAUCGAUGAGCUGCGGGGCAAAGGAGAUGCCGACUCAGCAAUGCUGGAGCUGGUUUCUGUGCACAGUCAGAUCACAGUGAUUCAGAGGAUGAUCACUUACCACACUGAGAAAUCCAGGACUAAUGCUGCUGAUUUCCAAAGGCAAUGGAGGCAAAAGGUCGAGCUCCUUAAAAAGAAGAUUUUACAGUUGAAUCGUGAUGAGAAUAACUCAGAACUUACCAAGGAAAUUUUGGAACUGCAGAGCAAGGUGGAUCAUUUUCGACAGUUAAUGUUAAACACCAAAACUACAACUGACUCCCUACUUAAAGAGCUAAGAGUUAUGUUGGAUGCGGAGAAGAAAAAGUUCAGCGACCUACAGAGACAACUGGAGGAGACAGACUUUACCCAGGCACAACUGAUCAUAAAGAUUAUCAACAUAAUGAAAGACGUGAGAGAGCUGCAGGAUGACAAGCUAGAGACACCAUCAAGAAAUCAAGAAACCACCCUUCAGACUGUGCUUCAAACCAAAGAAAGGGAGUAUGCCAGAGCUCAGGCUGAAAUAAAGGAGUUGCAGAGGAAAUUGCAAUUAAAGAGUGAGGAAUGCUCUGGACUUGAGGAAAGAUAUGAGCAGGUAAAGACUGAAUUUGAGCAGAAGAUUGCAGAACUGAACAGAACUGGAGACUCCAAAGUGGCACUCAUUCUGAACGUGAUAAACCUGCAUGAUGAUCUGAAGGCACUGGAAGAUCUGAUCUCCACCACAAAAGACCCAGACAAGGUCUCAGAGCUGCAGAGGCAACUGGAGGAGAAGCAAGACGAACUGAACUCCAAGACUGAAGAAAUAGAGAAACUGAUGGCCAACCCCAAAAUAAUUUUAACAAUCAUUGAGCUGCAGAAUGAUAUAUGGGACCAUCAGAAAAAGGCUGCUAAUGAGACCACUGGUGACCAAAGAAAAGAGUUGCAAAACAGAGUGGAUGGUCUUAUCAGUGAGAUCAAUGACAAAGACGAUGAAAACACAAAACUGAUGCUGAAAAUCAUGACGCUGCAGAGUCAAGUGGAAUACUUGCAGAGACAGCUGUCAGAACACCAGAGGUCACAGACCGCUCAGGUAACCCAGCUCACAAACGAGCUCACAGCCAAGAAGAAAGACCUACAGAAAUCAGUCAAUGAGCUGAAUGAGAAGAAUCAGAAAGAUGCCAAACUGAUUCUAACAAUCACUGAUCUGCACAACCAACUCAGAAACCUAGAAAAAGAAAAGCGUGACGAGGCCCAAACAACUUCUUCUACAGUUGCUAAGCUGAGGGAACAACUGAAGGCAAAAGAGGAGGAACACUCUCAUGAUCAGGCUGAGAUCAAAGCUCUGCAGAGUGAACUGAACCAGACGGAGGCGCAAUGUUCAAGUUUUGAGCAGAAACUAAAAGAGCUACAGAGGAAUCUGACAUUAAAGAGUGAAGAAUGCUCUGGACUUGAGGAAAGAUAUGAGCAGGUAAAGACUGAAUUUGAGCAGAAGAUUGCAGAACUGAACAGAACUGGAGACUCCAAAGUGGCACUCAUUCUGAACGUGAUAAACCUGCAUGAUGAUCUGAAGGCACUGGAAGAUCUGAUCUCCACCACAAAAGACCCAGACAAGGUCUCAGAGCUGCAGAGGCAACUGGAGGAGAAGCAAGACGACCUGAACUCCAAGACUGAAGAAAUAGAGAAACUGAUGGCCAACCCCAAAAUAAUUUUAACAAUCAUUGAGCUGCAGAAUGAUAUAUGGGACCAUCGGAAAAAGGCUGCUAAUGAGACCACUGGUGACCAAAUAAAAGAGUUGCAAAACAGAGUGGAUGGUCUUAUCAGUGAGAUCGAUGACAAAGAUGAUGAAAACACAAAACUGAUGCUGAAAAUCAUGACGCUGCAGAGUCAAGUGGAAUACUUGCAGAGACAGCUGUCAGAACACCAGAGGUCACAGACCGCUCAGGUAACCCAGCUCACAAACGAGCUCACAGCCAAGAAGAGAGACCUACAGAAAUCAGUCAACGAGCUGAAUGAGAAUAAUCAGAAAGAUGCCAAACUGAUUCUAACAAUCACUGAUCUGCACAACCAACUCAGAAACCUAGAAAAAGAAAUGUGCGACGAAGCCCAAACAACUUCUUCUACAGUUGCUAAGCUGAGGGAAAAACUGAAGGCAAAAGAGGAGGAACACUCUCAUGAUCAGGCUGAGAUCAAAGCUCUGCAGAGUAAACUCAAUCAGACGGAGGAGCAGUGUUAUAGUUUUGAGCAGAAACUAAAAGAACUGCAGAAUGACCUGGAUGACAAAAUGAAGGAGCUGCAGUCCAAAUCUGACAGUGUUACUUCACUUGCUCUUCAAAUUUCCACAUUAACCCUGCAACUUGAGGAGCUAAAGAGACAACUACAAAACACUGAAUCCAAAACCAAGAUAAAAGAGCUUCAAAAAAUUAUAGACGAGAAGAAUGAUGAGCUGGCCAAAAAAACAGAGGAGCUGAAAGCAAGAAGUGCUCAACCUCAAAAACUUCUACAGAUUAUUGCAAUACAAACAGAGAUUGAGAAACUGGCGAAUGUGGCAGAAAAUGACACAGAUUACUCUAAGAUUAGCGCGCUCCAAAACCAUCUGAAUAAUCUGAUUAACGGAAUUGAAGAUGAAAAGGACGAAAAUACUAAACUGAUGUUUCAGAUAUUGGCUCAACAAGAUGAAAUAGCAAGACUGAAGAAGCAAGAAGACAAACAGACAAAAGCACAAUUAGAGAAAAUUAAAGAACUGGAGAAUGAACUGGAGGACGUCAGAAAUCAGAUAAAAGAAAAGACAACGGUGCUGGACUCAAGUGACACAAAGAUUGGUGAUCUUUCGGCUCAGAUUAUGGAACUUCACAAGAAAAUCAAACCAUUGGAAGACCAAAUAUCAGACCUCAAGGAAACAAACGCUGAGAACCUUGCAGAGAUUCAGAAGAGACUGGAGUUAGCAAAGAGGCAACUGCAAGACAGUGAACUUCGGCUCAAUGAUGCAGAUGCACAGAAUUUUAACUUGAUGAUGGAGAUUGCUGAAUUGAGGGCACAACUGAAAAAGGCUGAGAAAGGGCCAUCCAAAGCUGCUGAAAGAAAUAUCAACGAACUGACGCAACAACUACAAACACAACAAAAAGAGAACAAGAAACUCCAAAGCACAAAUGAAGGGCUGAGGGAACAACUGAAGGCAAAAGAGGAGGAACACUCUCAUGAUCAGGCUGAGAUCAAAGCUCUGCAGAGUGAACUGAACCAGACGGAGGUGCAAUUUUCAGGUUUUGAGCAGAAAGUAAAAGAGCUACAGAGGAAUCUGACAUUAAAGAGUGAAGAAUGCUCUGGACUUGAGGAAAGAUAUGAGCAGGUAAAGACUGAAUUUGAGCAGAAGAUUGCAGAACUGAACAGAACUGGAGACUCCAAAGUGGCACUCAUUCUGAACGUGAUAAACCUGCAUGAUGAUCUGAAGGCUCUGGAGGAUCUGAUCUCCACCACAAAAGACCCAGACAAGGUCUCAGAACUGCAGAGGCAACUGGAGGAGAAGCAAGACGAACUGAACUCCAAGACUGAAGAAAUAGAGAAACUGAUGGCCAACCCCAAAAUAAUUUUAACAAUCAUUGAGCUGCAGAAUGAUAUAUGGGACCAUCAGAAAAAGGCUGCUAAUGAGACCACUGGUGACCAAAUAAAAGAGUUGCAAAACAGAGUGGAUGGUCUUAUCAGUGAGAUUGAUGACAAAGACGAUGAAAACACAAAACUGAUGCUGAAAAUCAUGACGCUGCAGAGUCAAGUGGAAUACUUGCAGAGACAGCUGUCAGAACACCAGAGGUCACAGACCGCUCAGGUAACCCAGCUCACAAACGAGCUCACAGCCAAGAAGAGAGACCUACAGAAAUCAGUCAACGAGCUGAAUGAGAAUAAUCAGAAAGAUGCCAAACUGAUUCUAACAAUCACUGAUCUGCACAACCAACUCAGAAACCUAGAAAAAGAAAUGCGCGACGAAGCCCAAACAACUUCUUCUACAGUUGCUAAGCUGAGGGAAAAACUGAAGGCAAAAGAGGAGGAACACUCUCAUGAUCAGGCUGAGAUCAAAGCUCUGCAGAGUAAACUCAACCAGACGGAGGAGCAGUGUUAUAGUUUUGAGCAGAAACUAAAAGAACUGCAGAAUGACCUGGAUGACAAAAUGAAGGAGCUGCAGUCCAAGUCUGACAGUGUUACUUCACUUGCUCUUCAAAUUUCCACAUUAACCCUGCAACUUGAGGAGCUAAAGAGACAACUACAAAACACUGAAUCCAAAACCAAGAUAAAAGAGCUUCAAAAAAUUAUAGACGAGAAGAAUGAUGAGCUGGCCAAAAAAACAGAGGAGCUGAAAGCAAGAAGUGCUCAACCUCAAAAACUUCUACAGAUUAUUGCAAUACAAACAGAGAUUGAGAAACUGGCGAAUGUGGCAGAAAAUGACACAGAUUACUCUAAGAUUAGCGCACUCCAAAACCAUCUGAAUAAUCUGAUUAACGGAAUUGAAGAUGAAAAGGACGAAAAUACUAAACUGAUGUUUCAGAUCUUGGCUCAACAAGAUGAAAUAGCAAGACUGAAGAAGCAAGAAGACAAACAGACAAAAGCACAAUUAGAGAAAAUUAAAGAACUGGAGAAUGAACUGGAGGACGUCAGAAAUCAGAUAAAAGAAAAGACAACGGUGCUGGACUCAAGUGACACGAAGAUUGGUGAUCUUUCGGCUCAGAUUAUGGAACUUCACAAGAAAAUCAAACCAUUGGAAGACCAAAUAUCAGACCUCAAGGAAACAAACGCUGAGAACCUUGCAGAGAUUCAGAAGAGACUGGAGUUAGCAAAGAGGCAACUGCAAGACAGUGAACUUCGGCUCAAUGAUGCAGAUGCACAGAAUUUUAACUUGAUGAUGGAGAUUGCUGAAUUGAGGGCAAAACUGAAAAAGGCUGAGAAAGGGCCAUCCAAAGCUGCUGAAAGAAAUAUCAACGAACUGACGCAACAACUACAAACACAACAAAAAGAGAACAAGAAACUCCAAAGCACAAAUGAAGGGCUGAGGGAACAACUGAAGGCAAAAGAGGAGGAACACUCUCAUGAUCAGGCUGAGAUCAAAGCUCUGCAGAGUGAACUGAACCAGACGGAGGUGCAAUUUUCAGGUUUUGAGCAGAAAGUAAAAGAGCUACAGAGGAAUCUGACAUUGAAGAGUGAGGAAUGCUCUGGACUUGAGGAAAGAUAUGAGCAGGUAAAGACUGAAUUUGAGCAGAAGAUUGCAGAACUGAACAGAACUGGAGACUCCAAAGUGGCACUCAUUCUGAACGUGAUAAACCUGCAUGAUGAUGUGAAGGCUCUGGAGGAUCUGAUCUCCACCACAAAAGACCCAGACAAGGUCUCAGAGCUGCAGAGGCAACUGGAGGAGAAGCAAAACGAACUGAACUCCAAGACUGAAGAAAUAGAGAAACUGAUGGCCAACCCCAAAAUAAUUUUAACAAUCAUUGAGCUGCAGAAUGAUAUAUGGGACCAUCAGAAAAAGGCUGCUAAUGAGACCACUGGUGACCAAAUAAAAGAGUUGCAAAACAGAGUGGAUGGUCUUAUCAGUGAGAUCGAUGACAAAGACGAUGAAAACACAAAACUGAUGCUGAAAAUCAUGACGCUGCAGAGUCAAGUGGAAUACUUGCAGAGACAGCUGUCAGAACACCAGAGGUCACAGACCGCUCAGGUAACCCAGCUCACAAACGAGCUCACAGCCAAGAAGAAAGACCUACAGAAAUCAGUGAACGAGCUGAAUGAGAAUAAUCAGAAAGAUGCCAAACUGAUUCUAACAAUCACUGAUCUGCACAACCAACUCAGAAACCUAGAAAAAGAAAAGCGCAACGAAGCCCAAACAACUUCUUCUACAGUUGCUAAGCUGAGGGAAAAACUGAAGGCAAAAGAGGAGGAACACUCUCAUGAUCAGGCUGAGAUCAAAGCUCUGCAGAGUAAACUCAACCAGACGGAGGAGCAGUGUUAUAGUUUUGAGCAGAAACUAAAAGAACUGCAGAAUGACCUGGAUGACAAAAUGAAGGAGCUGCAGUCCAAGUCUGACAGUGUUACUUCACUUGCUCUUCAAAUUUCCACAUUAACCCUGCAACUUGAGGAGCUAAAGAGACAACUACAAAACACUGAAUCCAAAACCAAGAUAAAAGAGCUUCAAAAAAUUAUAGACGAGAAGAAUGAUGAGCUGGCCAAAAAAACAGAGGAGCUGAAAGCAAGAAGUGCUCAACCUCACAGACUUCUACAGAUUAUUGCAAUACAAACAGAGAUUGAGAAACUGGCGAAUGUGGCAGAAAAUGACACAGAUUACUUUAAGAUUAGCGCACUCCAAAACCAUCUGAAUAAUCUGAUUAAAGGAAUUGAAGAUGAAAAAGACGAAAAUACUAAACUGAUGUUUCAGAUCUUGGCUCAACAAGAUGAAAUAGCAAGACUGAAGAAGCAAGAAGACAAACAGACAAAAGCACAAUUAGAGAAAAUUAAAGAACUGGAGAAUGAACUGGAGGACGUCAGAAAUCAGAUAAAAGAAAAGACAACGGUGCUGGACUCAAGUGACACAAAGAUUGGUGAUCUUUCGGCUCAGAUUAUGGAACUUCACAAGAAAAUCAAACCAUUGGAAGACCAAAUAUCAGACCUCAAGGAAACAAACGCUGAGAACCUUGCAGAGAUUCAGAAGAGACUGGAGUUAGCAAAGAGGCAACUGCAAGACAGUGAACUUCGGCUCAAUGAUGCAGAUGCACAGAAUUUUAACUUGAUGAUGGAGAUUGCUGAAUUGAGGGCACAACUGAAAAAGGCUGAGAAAGGGCCAUCCAAAGCUGCUGAAAGAAAUAUCAACGAACUGACGCAACAACUACAAACACAACAAAAAGAGAACAAGAAACUCCAAAGCACAAAUGAAGAGCUGAGGGAACAACUGAAGGCAAAAGAGGAGGAACACUCUCAUGAUCAGGCUGAGAUCAAAGCCCUGCAGAGUGAACUGAACCAGACGGAGGCGCAAUGUUCAAGUUUUGAGCAGAAAGUAAAAGAACUGCAGAAUGACCUGGAUGACAAAAUGAAGGAGCUGCAGUCCAAGUCUGACAGUGUUACUUCACUUGCUCUUCAAAUUUCCACAUUAACCCUGCAACUUGAGGAGCUAAAGAGACAACUACAAAACACUGAAUCCAAAACCAAGAUAAAAGAGCUUCAAAAAAUUAUAGACGAGAAGAAUGAUGAGCUGGCCAAAAAAACAGAGGAGCUGAAAGCAAGAAGUGCUCAACCUCACAGACUUCUACAGAUUAUUGCAAUACAAACAGAGAUUGAGAAACUGGCGAAUGUGGCAGAAAAUGACACAGAUUACUCUAAGAUUAGCGCGCUCCAAAACCAUCUGAAUAAUCUGAUUAACGGAAUUGAAGAUGAAAAGGACGAAAAUACUAAACUGAUGUUUCAGAUCUUGGCUCAACAAGAUGAAAUAGCAAGACUGAAGAAGCAAGAAGACAAACAGACAAAAGCACAAUUAGAGAAAAUUAAAGAACUGGAGAAUGAACUGGAGGACGUCAGAAAUCAGAUAAAAGAAAAGACAACGGUGCUGGACUCAAGUGACAUGAAGAUUGGUGAUCUUUCGGCUCAGAUUAUGGAACUUCACAAGAAAAUCAAACCAUUAGAAGACCAAAUAUCAGACCUCAAGGAAACAAACGCUGAGAACCUUGCAGAGAUUCAGAAGAGACUGGAGUUAGCAAAGAGGCAACUGCAAGACAGUGAACUUCGGCUCAAUGAUGCAGAUGCACAGAAUUUUAACUUGAUGAUGGAGAUUGCUGAAUUGAGGGCACAACUGAAAAAGGCUGAGAAAGGGCCAUCCAAAGCUGCUGAAAAAAAUAUCAACGAACUGACGCAACAACUACAAACACAACAAAAAGAGAACAAGAAACUCCAAAGCACAAAUGAAGACUUAAAGCAAGAGGCCAAAGAACUAAAAAUGUGCUGCAACAAUGCUGUUACCCAUUGUGAAGAUUUACAAAGAGAGCUGGAACAGAGCCAGAAGGAUACAGAUCGCCUGCAGCUGCAGCUGAAUGACAAGGAUGCUGAGCUCCAACAGCUGCAGCUGGAGUUAGCAGAAGAGAGGACAGUUAAUAACAGACUGCAGAAUGAAUAUGAUAAUUUAAGGAGCCAGCAGGAACAGACCCAGGACAAUGCUGAUCACCAGCAGCAGCUGCUCAUCAAGGAUGUCAAGAUCACCCAGCUGCAGCAGCAGUUAGAAGAACUGCAGAACAAAUACAGAAACCUGGAUAAUGAGAAGAACAAACUUACGGAUAUUAUAACAGAACUUCAAAAGAACUCAAAUGAGGAGGAUAAGACUAUCUAUACCAGGCAGGUGACCUUGGAUCCAAACACGGCACACCGAAGACUAGCUUUGUCAGAUCAUAACACUCAGAUACACGCCGAUGACGAUGAUCAAGAUGUCCCUGACAAUCCAGGCCGGUUUGAUGUGGUUCUCGCUGCCCUGGGCUCGACCGGCUUCUCAACUGGCAGACAUUACUGGGAGGUGUCUGUAGCUGAGGCGAAUUGUUACUUACUUGGAAUGGCCAGUGAAUCUUCUCAAAGAAAGGGAACGCUUUCAUUCAAACCUCUAAAGGGUUACUGGACUAUAGUCCUGAACAAGCAGGGCCAGUACAAAGCUAUGAAUAACAGACCUAUUACUCUUCCAGUUCAGACACCGCCUCUUAUGCUGGGUAUUCUGCUGGACUACAAUAAGGGACAGAUCUCGUUCUAUGACGCUGGUACAAGAUCUCAUUUGUACUCAUUUGUGGGUCAGAAGUUUACAGGCAAAAUCUAUCCAUUUGUGAAUAUUUGUCUUGAGGAUGUUACUCUUCAAAAUCCAAUCAUUUUAAUUCCUCCUGGACCAACUGACUGGAUAAUUUAGGGAAGAGGGCAGGUUAUGUUUGUACUAUGUGUCAAAUCUUAGUCAUGUAUCUCAUUUAUUAAUAUGUCAGUAGGUAAUAAACAAUCACUGACUGUAGAAGAUGUCAUACACAUACAUCUGUUAAUACUACUGUAGAAUGAUUCAGACAAUAAAACAACAAAUAUACAACAAUG